AUGGUUGUUGAAUACAAACCAUCUCAUAAGCUGUCGGUCUUCAAUCUACGGGCUGGGCUUUUGCGAGCUGACGAAGGGUCUAUGAAUAUUCCCGAGGAAGUCAUCAAUCGGGUCACAAUACCGACUGAUCCAGAGGCCAAGUUUGUGUACCACUCUGAGUGGCUGACGGCAGCAGCUCUAUCGCAAACGUAUACAUACAUGAUUGAAAACGGGCUCAAAUAUAGCAAAUUGGGUACGGGAGAAGCCGAUGUUUUCCUUCUCAUCAAGGAGGAAGAACCACAUACGCUCUACUAUCACCUCGCAGAACCCAACAUCGAAGCCGAAGCGCAGAGUGAGGUCGAUACUGUACUCUGUCGCACGGCAGUGAGCCAGACCCUAACCUUCUCCCUAAUGGCACUGGAAUCGAAGCCUCGCAACCAAAAAUGGCGAAAUCAUGCGCUAGAGAUUGCUUGUAGGGCUGUAAUCGAUCACGAGACCAUCUUACAACAGAUACCCGCUGAAGAGAAGAUGUUGACUCCUCCGCACUCGGUCUUUCAUGCACGAAUCUAUCCUUUCGAGCGGUCGCCGAUCAUGCUAAGACCCAGAAAGUUACGGAAGGCAAGGAAUAGCUGUGGCUCUGUAAACAUAAUUGUACACGAAGAUCCACAGAGUCCGUCUGGCUCAUCGGAUGAGACCUCAGACAUUGAAACUCCAAGCAAGCAAAGGGCUCAUACGCACCAGUCUAAUGUCGGUCAGGUGCGUCCCGUCAGAAAAUCACAGGCAGCCGAAGAGAGCGAUGUCUGCCACCGCCAAUACUGCACACAAGCCUGCUUGUUAGGGCUUGUGCGAAAACGUCCCUUGGACGAUGCUUGUCCGAAUGUCAAUGCACAUCGUGCUCAUAAGACUGGCAACUACCAUGCUUUAGAGCAGAAAUCCCUUAUCAAACUUAUGUCCCGCCAACUCGCCGAAAACCCCGACAAUGGGUGUGAGCCACUUGGAAAACAAGGCGCCUGUGGGGCUCUGUUCAGACUGACGCUUGAAUGGUAUGGAUAUACUUUCGUUGCCAAAGGGACUGUGACGGCAUUCGAGGCUAAGUUGAAGCACGAAGGGUUGGUCUACCAACACCUGAACGAAGUUCAAGGAGAGCUUAUACCCGUCUACCUUGGGAACAUCUCUCUCGUCUGCCCCUACUUUCUGGACGUUGGAGUUAGAAUAGUUCACAUGCUACUAAUGUCAUGGGCAGGCGAGCAGGCACGCAACGAUUCGAUGUUAGCCAUGGGACGGGAUUUGGCUACGGAAACAAACAGGGCAGUUACAAAGAUGUUAGAUUGCGGAGUAGAGCAUCGCGAUGUGCGACCGCCGAAUAUUCUAUGGAAUUCUGAAGGUCGAAAGGUGAUACUGGUGGAUUUUGAGCGUUCAGAGAUUUCGAAGCAGAUGCCAAUUCUCCAGGAGAAUAUCGCCUAA